AUGGCACAACGCGGGAUGCAGCGUGCGGGCCCGUUCCCAAGUUCCCCCGGCUCCUACGCCAAUCGGGUCGGGCGGUCGCCGGGGGCCCGCACCGGCCAUCGGCCCGCGCCGCCGCGCUCCAGCGCGAUGGGGCCCUCGCCUGGGGACCCCGGGGGCGACGGGCCUCCUGGGCCGCUUGAACCCGAGCUGGCGGAGGGGCGGCAGUGGUCUACGACUCUGUGGACGGAGAUCACGUCGCUGCGGCUGAUGGUCAAGGAGCCCCUGGAGGGCGAGGCGUCCGAGGAGGUGCUCAGCGCGAUGCGGAUCGUGGUCUCGAGCAUGCUGGGCCGACUUCCGAGCCCCGAAUUCCAGGUCACACUUCGGGCUUCCCGCGACCACAUGGCCGCCGUGUUCAUGUCCGCGCUGCACACGGGGUACUCGCUGCGCAACGCGGAGUUCGUUGCGCGGCUGCAGAAGGGCUGGGGCAGGGGCGAGGUGGCGCCCGGCCUGGUGCGGGAGGACAGGGAGGGACUGUCCCCAGCGGCAGCUGCGUACGUGGAGUCGCUGGAGGCGAGGCUGCAGGAUCUCCCACCACCCCGGAGGGACGGGAGUCAGCUCCUCGCGUACGACAGGGAGUCGUGCAAGGACGGCGCCCAUCGCUUCCAGCCGACGAACAACUGCGUGUCGGAGGCAUUCCGCACGGUGGUCAGCAAACUCAUCGUCAUGCUAAAACUGUCCCAGCAUCACGCCCUCUACGGGCCGCCCGGUUCCGACAUUGAAUGCCCGUUGCUCGACCUCGUUGGCCCGAUCACUAUCCAGAGGGAGGAGCUGACGAACAUCCUGAUGUGGUGCCUGCUUGUUGGGCAUCACGCGAAGUGUGUGGAGUACAGGAUGUCGCUGGAGCGCUGCAUGCUGAAGGGCAGCGGGGAGGGCGAGGCAGCAAGUGGACAGGGGCCAGCCCCAGGGAGGGCUUGGAUCGAUAGGCUCGGAUCUUUCUUCCAGAACGGCACAUAG